AUGGAGGAGGUGGACACAGAUGGGGGUGAAGGAAGAGGAUAUGAGUGCAGAGAGUGGGAGAAUGAGCUGGACACACCUCUGGCCGCAACAGACACCACAGCCACCACCGAACCCAAACCAGAGACGGCAGGAGAAGCCACAAGAUGUGCCCCUGUAGCCCAGCAGCACCACGAAGCUCAGCGAGCUCCAGUCGCCGCAACACCGAGGGCUGCUGCAGCACUCCCUGGCACAGCGCCCGGCUUCAGCAAAGAGGUGGUUGCAAGAGCUGGACGGCGCGUCAGAUUCAAUCUGCGGUGUCCUGGCCACGACUCUAAAGUCGCCACCUUCCAGAACCUCACUGACUCUCCUGCAAAACCUGGCGCAGCUGGCCACAGAUCUACAGUCGCCACCUUCCACAACCUCACUGACUCUGCUGCUCCACCUGGCACAGAUUUCCACGGCUCUACAGUUGCCACCUUCCACAACCUCAUGGACUCCCGUGCUCCACCUGCUGGCCACGGCUCUAAGGUCGCCACCUUCCAGAACCACACUGACUCUCCUGCUCCACCUGGCACAGCUCGCUAUGGCUCUACAGUCGCCUCCUUCCUGAACCACAUUGUCUCUCCUGCUCCACCAGGCGCAACUGGCCACGGCUGUACGGUUGCCACCUUCCAGAACCUUACUGACUCUCGUGAUCCACCUUGCACAGCUGGCCACGGCUCUACAGUCGCCACCUUCCAGAACUUCACUCACUCUCCUGCAAAACCUGGCGCAGCUGUCCACAGAUCCACAGUCGCCACCUUCCACAACCUCACUGACUCUGCUGCUCCACCUGGCACAGAUGGCCACGGCUCUACAGUUGCCACCUUCCACAACCUCAUGGACUCCCCUGGCCACGGCUCUACAGUCGCCACCUUCCAGAACCUUAAUGACUCUCCUGCUCCACUUGGCGCAGCUGGCUCAGGUCUACAGUCGCCACCUUCCAGAACCUCACUGACUCUCCUGCUCCACCUCGGCGCAGAUGGCCACGGCUCUACAGUCGCCACCUGCCAGAACCUCACUGAAUCUCGUGCUCCACCUGGCGCAGCUGGCCACGGCUCUACAGUCGCCACCUUCCACAACCUCACAUACUCUCACGCUCCACCUGGCGCAGGUGGCCACGGCUCUACAGUUGCCACCUUCCAGAACCUCAAUGACUCUCCUGCUCCACUUGGCGCAGCUGGCUCAGGUCUACAGUCGCCACCUUCCAGAACGUCGACUCUCGUGCUCCACCAGGCGCCGCUGGCCACGGCUCUACAGUCGCCACCUUCCAGAACCUCACUGACUCUCGUGUUCCUUCUGGCGCAGCUGGCCACGGCUCUACAGUCACCCUUCCAGAACCUCUCUGACUCCCGUGUUCUACUGGCGCAGCUGGCCACGAACCUCACUAACACUCCCGCUCCACCUGGCACAGCUGGCCACGGCACUACAUUCGCCACCUUCCAGAACCACACUGACUCUCCUGUUCCAUCUGGUACAGCUGGCCACGGCUCUACAGUAGCCACCUUCCUGAACUUCACUGACCCUCCCGCUCCACCUGGCGCAGCUGGCCAAGGCUCUACAGUCGCCACCUUCCACAACCUCACUGACUCUCGUGCUCCACCUGGCGCAGCUGGCCACAGCUCGUCAUUCGCCACCUUCCAGAGCCUCACUGACUCUCCUGGCCACGGCCAUAAGGUCGCCACCUUCCAGAAUCUCACUGAAACUCCUGCUCCACCUGGCGCCGCCGGCCACGGCUCUACAGUUGCCACCUUCCAGAACCACACUGACUCUCCUGCUCCACCUGUCACAGCUGGCCACGGCUCUACAAUUGCCAACUUCGAGAACCUCACUGACUCUCGUGCUCCAUAUGGCACAGCUGGCCACGGCUCUACAGUCGCCACCUUCCAGAACCUCACUGACUCUCCUGCAAAACUUGGCGCAGCUUGCCACAGAUCUACAGUCGUCACCAACCACAACUUCACUGACUCUGCUGCUCCACCCGGCACAGAUGGCCAUGGCUCUACAGUUGCCACCUUCCACAACCUCAUGGACUCCCGUGCUCCACCUGGAGCAGCUGGCCACGGCUCUGCAGUCACCACCUUCCAGAACCUCACUGACUCUCCUGCUCCAACUGGCGCAGCUGGCCACGGCUCUACAGUCGCCACCUGCCAGAACCUCACUGAAUCUCGUGCUCCACCUGGCGCAGCUGGCCACGGCUCUACAGUCGCCACCUUCCACAACCUCACAUACUCUCACGCUCCACCUGGCGCAGGUGGCCACGGCUCUACAGUUGCCACCUUCCAGAACCUCAAUGACUCUCCUGCUCCACUUGGCGCAGCUGGCUCAGGUCUACAGUCGCCACCUUCCAGAACGACGACUCUCGUGCUCCACCAGGCGCCGCUGGCCAUGGCUCUACAGUCGCCACCUUCCAGAACCUCACUGACUCUCGUGUUCCUUCUGGCGCAGCUGGCCACGGCUCUACAGUCACCCUUCCAGAACCUCUCUGACUCCCGUGUUCUACUGGCGCAGCUGGCCACGAACCUCACUAACACUCCCGCUCCACCUGGCACAGCUGGCCACGGCACUACAUUCGCCACCUUCCAGAACCACUCUGACUCUCCUGCUCCAUCUGGUACAGCUGGCCACGGCUCUACAGUAGCCACCUUCCUGAACUUCACUGACCCUCCCGCUCCACCUGGCGCAGCUGGCCAAGGCUCUACAGUCGCCACCUUCCACACCCUCACUGACUCUCGUGCUCCACCUGGCGCAGCUGGCCACGGCUCAUCAUUCGCCACCUUCCAGAGCCUCACUGACUCUCCUGGCCACGGCCAUAAGGUCGCCACCUUCCAGAAUCUCACUGAAACUCCUGCUCCACCUGGCGCCGCCGGCCACGGCUCUACAGUUGCCACCUUCCAGAACCACACUGACUCUCCUGCUCCACCUGUCACAGCUGGCCACGGCUCUACACUUGCCAACUUCGAGAACCUCACUGACUCUCGUGCUCCAUAUGGCACAGCUGGCCACGGCUCUACAGUCGCCACCUUCCAGAACCUCACUGACUCUCCUGCAAAACUUGGCGCAGCUUGCCACAGAUCUACAGUCGUCACCAACCACAACUUCACUGACUCUGCUGCUCCACCCGGCACAGAUGGCCAUGGCUCUACAGUUGCCACCUUCCACAACCUCAUGGACUCCCGUGCUCCACCUGGAGCAGCUGGCCACGCUGGCCACGGCUCUACGGUUGCCACCUUCCAGAACCUCACUAACACUCCCGCUCCACCUGGCACAGCUGGCCACGGCACUACAUUCGCCACCUUCCAGAACCACACUGACUCUCCUGCUCCAUCUGGUACAGCUGGCCACGGCUCUACAGUAGCCACCUUCCUGAACUUCACUGACCCUCCCGCUCCACCUGGCGCAGCUGGCCAAGGCUCUACAGUCGCCACCUUCCACACCCUCACUGACUCUCGUGCUCCACCUGGCGCAGCUGGCCACGGCUCGUCAUUCGCCACCUUCCAGAGCCUCACUGACUCUCCUGGCCACGGCCAUAAGGUCGCCACCUUCCAGAAUCUCACUGAAACUCCUGCUCCACCUGGCGCCGCCGGCCACGGCUCUACAGUUGCCACCUUCCACACCCUCACUGACUCUCGUGCUCCACCUGGCGCAGCUGGCCACGGCUCGUCAUUCGCCACCUUCCAGAGCCUCACUGACUCUCCUGGCCACGGCUCUACAGUCGCCACCUUCCAGAACCUCACUGACUCUCCUGCAAAACUUGGCGCAGCUUGCCACAGAUCUACAGUCGUCACCAACCACAACUUCACUGACUCUGCUGCUCCACCCGGCACAGAUGGCCAUGGCUCUACAGUUGCCACCUUCCACAACCUCAUGGACUCCCCUGGCCACGGCUCUACAGUCGCCACCUUCCACAACCUCACAGACUCUCACGCUCCAUCUGGUGCAGGUGGCCACGGCUCUACAGUCGCCACCUUCCAGAACCUCAAUGACUCUCCUGCUCCACUUGGCGCAGCUGGCUCAGGUCUACAGUCGCCACCUUCCAGAACCCCUCUGACUCUCAACCUCACUGACACUCCCGCCCCACCUGGCGCAGCUGGCCACGGCUCUACAUUCGCCACCUUCCAGAACCACAGUGAUUCUCCUGCUCCAUCUGGUGCAGCUGGCCACGGCUCUACAGUCGCCACCUUCCUAAACCUAACUGACUCUCCUGUUCCACCUGGUGCAGCUGGCCACGGCUCUACAGUCGCCACCUUCCAAGACCUCACUGAAUCUUGUGCUCCACCUGGUGCAGCUGGCCACAGCUCUACAAACCACACUGACUCUCCUGCUCCAUCUGGUGCAGCUGGCCACGGCUCUACAGUAGCCACCUUCCUGAACCUCACUGACUCUCCUGCUCCACCUGGCGCAGCUGGCCACGGCUCUACAGUCGCCACCUUCCAAGACCUCACUGACUCUCGUGCUCCACCUGGCGCAGCUUUCUACGGCUCUACAUUCACCACCUUCCAGAGCCUCACUGACAGUCCCGCUCCACCUGGUGCAGCUUUCCACGGCUCUACAUUCGCCACCUUCCAGAACCACAAUGACUCUCCUGCUCCAUCUGGUGCAGCUGGCCAUGGCUCUACAGUAGCCACCUUCCUGAACCUCACUGACUCUCCUGCUCCAAAUGGCGCAGCUGGCCACGGCUCUACAGUCGCCACCUUCCAAGCCCUCACUGAAUCUCGUGCUCCACCUGGUGCAGCUGGCCACGGCCCUACAGUCGCCACCUUCCUGAACCUCACUGACUCUCCCGCUCCACCUGGCGCAGCUGGCCAAGGCUCUACAGUCGCCACCUUCUACUACCUCACUGACUCUCCCCCUCCACCUGACGCAGCUGGCCAAGGCUCUACAGUCGCCACCUUCCACAACCUCACUGACUCUCGUGCUCCACCUGGCGCAGCUUUCCACGGCUCUACAUUCGCCACCUUCCAGAGCCUCACUGACUCUCGUGCUCCACCUGGUGCAGCUGGCCACGGUUCUACAGUCACCACCUGCCAGAACCUCACUGACUCCCCUGCUCCACCUGGCACAGCUGGCCACGGCCAUAAGGUCGCCAUCUUGCAGAACCUCACUGACUCUCCUGCUCGACCUGUCGCCACCUUCCAGAACUUCACAGACUCUCCUGCUCUAGCUGGCACAGAUGGCCACGGCUCUACAGUCGCCAGCUUCCUGAACCUCACUGACUAUCCCGCUCCACCUGGCGCAGCUGGCCACGGCUCUUCAGUCGCCACCUUCCACAACCUCACUGACUCUCAUGCUCCACCUGCUGGCCACGACUCUACAGUCGUUACCUUCCAGAACCUCACUGACUCUCGCACUCCACCUGGCGCAGUUGGCCAUGGCUCUACAGUCACCACGAUCCAGAACCUUACUGACUCUCCCGCUCCACCUGGCGCAGCUGGCCACGGCUCUACAGUCGCCGCCUUCCAGAACCUCAAUGACUCUCCUGCUCCACUUGGCGCACCUGGCUCAGGUCUACAGUCGCCACCUUCCAUAACCCCGAAUCUCGUGCUCCACCAGGCGCAGCUGGCCACGGCUCUACAGUCGCCACCUUCCAGAACCUCACUGAUUCUCGUGUUCCACCUGGCGCAGCUGGCCACUGCUCUACAGUCGCCACCUUCCACAACCUCACAGACUCUCACGCUCCACCUGGUGCAGGUGUCCACGGCUCUAUACGGCGCAGCUGGCCACGGCUCUACAGUCGCCACCUGCAAGAACCUCACUGACUCUCGUGCUCCUCCUGGCGCAGGUGGCCACGGCCAUAAGGUCGCCAUCUUGCAGAACCUCACUGACUCUCCUGCUCCACCUGGCGCAGCUGGCCACGGCUCUACAGUCGCCACCUUCCACAACCUCACAGACUCUCACACUCCACCUGGCGCAUGUGGCCACGGCUCUACAGUCGCCAACUUUCAGAACCUCACUGACUCUCCCGCUCCACCUGGCGCAGCUGGCCAAGGCUCUACAGUCGCCACCUUCCACAACCUCACUGACUCUAGUGCUCCACCUGGCGCAGCUUGCCACGGCUCUACAUUCGCCACCUUCCAGAGCCUCACUGACUCUCAUGCUCCACCUGGCGCAGCUGGCCACGGCCCUACAGUCGGCACCUGCCAGAAUCUCACUGACUCUGCUCCACCUGGCACAGCUGGCCACGGCCAUAAGGUCGCCAUCUUGCAGAACCGCACUGACUCUCCCGCUCCACCUGGCGCAGCUGGCCAAGGCUCUACAGUCGCCACCUUCCACAACCUCACUGACUCUCCCCCUCCACCUGGCACAGCUGGCCAAGGCUCUACAGUCGCCACCUUCCACAACCUCACUGACUCUCGUGCUCCACCUGGCGCAGCUUUCCACGGCUCUACAUUCGCCACCUUCCAAAGCCUCACUGACUCUCGUGCUCCACCUGGCGCAGCUGGCCACAGUUCUACAGUCACCACCUGCCAGAACCUCAUUGACUCUCCUGCUCCACCUGGCACAGCUGGCCACGGCCAUAAGGUCGCCAUCUUGCAGAACCUCACUGACUCUCCUGCUCGACCUGCCGCAUCUGGCCACGCUGGCCACGACUCUACAGUCGUUACCUUCCAGAACCUCACUGACUCUCGCACUCCACCUGGCGCAGUUGGCCAUGGCUCUACAGUCACCACGAUCCAGAACCUUACUGACUCUCCCGCUCCACCUGGCGCAGCUGGCCACGGCUGUACAGUCGCCACCUUCAAGAACCUCAAUGACUCUCCUGCUCCACUUGGCGCACCUGGCUCAGGUCUACAGUCGCCACCUUCCAUAACCUCGACUCUCGUGCUCCACCUGGAGCAGCUGGCCAAGGCUCUACAGUCGCCACCUUCCACAACCUCACUGACUCUCGUGCUCCACCUGGCGCAGCUCGCCACGGCUCUACAUUCGCCACCUUCCAGAGCCUCACUGACUCUCGUGCUCCACCUGGGGCAGCUGGCCACGGCCCUACAGUCGGCACCUGCCAGAAUCUCACUGACUCUGCUCCACCUGGCACAGCUGGCCACGGCCAUAAGGUCUACAGUCGCCACCUUCCAUAACCUCGAAUCUCGUGCUCCACCAGGCGCAGCUGGCCACGGCUCUACAGUCGCCACCUUCCAGAACCUCAUUGACUCUCGUGUUCCAUCUGGCGCAGCUGGCCACGACUCUACAGUCGUUACCUUCCAGAACCUCACUGACUCUCGCACUCCACCUGGCGCAGUUGGCCAUGGCUCUACAGUCACCACGAUCCAGAACCUUACUGACUCUCCCGCUCCACCUGGCGCAGCUGGCCACGGCUCUACAGUCGCCACCUUCAAGAACCUCAAUGACUCUCCUGCUCCACUUGACGCACCUGGCUCAGGUCUACAGUCGCCACCUUCCAUAACCUCACUGACUCUCGUGUUCCACCUGGCACAGCUGGCCAAGGCUCUACAGUCGCCACCUUCCACAACCUCACUGACUCUCGUGCUCCACCUGGCGCAGCUUUCCACGGCUCUACAUUCGCCACCUUCCAGAGCCUCACUGACUCUCGUGCUCCACCUGGCGCAGCUGGCCACAGUUCUACAGUCACCACCUGCCAGAACCUCACUGACUCUCCUGCUCCACCUGGCACAGCUGGCCACAGCCAUAAGGUCUACAGUCGCCACCUUCCAUAACCUCGACUCUCGUGCUCCACCAGGCGCAGCUGGCCACGGCUCUACAGUCGCCACCUUCCAGAACCUCACUGAUUCUCGUGUUCCACCUGGCGCAGCUGGCUACGGCUCUACAGUCGCCACCUUCCCGAACCUCUCUGACUCUCGUGCUCCACUGGCGCAGCUGGCCACAGCUCCACAGUCGCCACCUUCCAGAACCUCACAGGCUCUGCUGCUCCACCUGGCGCAGAUGGCGCAGCUGGCCACGGCUCUACAGUCGCCACCUUCCAAAACCUCACUGACUCUCCUGCUCCACCUCGGCGUAGAUGGCAACGGCUCUACAGUUGCCACCUUCCUGAACCUCACUGACUCUCCUGCUCCACCUGGCGCUGCUGGCCAAGGCUCUACAGUCGCCACCUUCCACAACCUCACUGACUCUCGUGUUCCAGUGGCGCAGCUGGCCACGGCUCUACAGUCGCCACCUGCAAGAACCUCACUGACUCUCGUGCUCCUCCUGGCGCAGGUGGCCACGGCCAUAAGGUCGCCAUCUUGCAGAACCUCACUGACUCUCCUGCUCCACCUGGCGCAGCUGGCUAUGGCUCUACAGUCGCCACCUUCCACAACCUCACACUCUCACACUCCACCUGGCGCAUGUGGCCACGGCUCUACAGUCGCCACCUUCCAGAGCCUCAAUGACUCUCCUGCUCCUCUUGGCGCAGCUGGCCACGGCUCUACAUUCGCCACCUUCCAGAAACACACUGACUCUCCUGCUCCAUCUAGUGCAGCUGGCCAAGGCUCUACAGAAGCCACGUUCCUGAACCUCACUGACUCUCCUGCUGCACCUGGCGCAGCUGGCCACGGCUCUACAGUCGCCACCUUCCAAGACCUCACUGAAUCUCCUGCUCCACCUGGUGCAGCUGGCCACGGCCCUACAGUCGCCACCUUCCUGAACCUCACUGACUCUCCCGCUCCACCUGGCGCAGCUGGCCAAGCUGGCCACGGUUUUACAGUCACCAACUUCCACAAUCUCACUGACUCUCAUGCUGAACCUGGUGCAGCUGGCCACGGCUCUACAGUCGCCACCUUCCAGAACCUCAUUGACUCUCGUGUUCCAUCUGGCGCAGCUGGAUACGGCUUUACAGUUGUUACCUUCCAGAACCUCACUGACUCUCGCGCUCCACCUGGCGCAGCUGACCAUGGCUCUACAGUCACCAAGAUCCAGAACCUCAUUGACUCUCCCGCUCCACCUGGUGCAGCUGGCCGAGGCUCUACAGUCGCCACCUUCCAGAACCUCAAUGACUCUCCUGCUCCACUUGCUGGCCACGGAUCUACAGUCGCCACCUUCCAGAACUUCACUGACUCUCGUGCUCCACCUGGCGCAGCUGGCCACGGCUUUACAGUCGCCACCUUCCACAACCUCACUGACUCUCAUGCUCCACCAGGCACAGCUGUCCACGGCUCUACAGUCGCCACCUUCCAGAACCACACUGACUCUCCUGCUCCAUUUGAUGCAGCUGGCCACGACUAUACAGUAGCCACCUUCCUGAACCUCACUGACUCUCCUGCUCCACCUGGCGCACCUGGCCACGGCUCUACAGUCGCCACCUUCCAAGACCUCACUGAAUCUCGUGCUCCACCUGGUGCAGCUGGCCACAGCUCUACAGUCGCCACCUUCCUGAACCUCACUGACUCUCCCGCUCCACUUGGAGCAGCUGGCCAAGGCUCUACAGUCGCCACCUUCCACAACCUCACUGACUCUCGUGCUCCACCUGGCGCAGCUCGCCACGGCUCUACAUUCGCCACCUUCCAGAGCCUCACUGACUCUCGUGCUCCACCUGGCGCAGCUGGCCACGGCCCUACAGUCGGCACCUGCCAGAAUCUCACUGACUCUGCUCCACCUGGCACAGCUGGCCAUGGCCAUAAGGUCGCCAUCUUGCAGAACCUCACUGACUCUCCUGCUCGACCUGGCGCAGCUGGCCAUGGCUCUACAGUCGCCACCUUCCACAACCUCACUGACUCUCGUGCUCCACCUGGCACAGCUGGCCAUGGCUCUACAGUCGCCACCUUCCAGAACGUCACUUAA